AAGUAGUGGGAAACGGUUUUCAAACAGAAGUAGAAAAUGCCUAAAAAGAAGGAACCUCAUUCCCCUUUGUUUUUCCUUCUAUAUGCAGCAGCACUGUGAUAUGAAACACAUCCACAAUUGGGGAAGAAAUUGAAAGAGCAGAAACGGUUCCACGUACUUUCCCAAACUCAAUGGCUACUUCCUCACAUUACUUCAUUUUCUUCAGCAUUCUGGUCUCCAUCUCCCUCACAGAUGGAACACAACUCAUAAUAGUAAACAAUUGCAAAGAAAGUGUAUGGCCAGGAAUUCUCGGCAAUGGAGGACACCCUUCACCUAAACAUGGUGGAUUCCACCUCGGUAGCGGCGAAGAGAUUGUUAUCCAUGUCCCUAAGGUUUGGUCAGGGAGAAUCUGGGGCAGACAAGGUUGUUGCUUCGACCAAAACACAGCCAAAGGUUCAUGUCAAACAGGUGAUUGUGGAGGCCUAUUACAAUGCAACGGAAUUGGUGGAGUCCCUCCAGCUACACUAGUAGAAAUGACCCUUGGAACCUCUCAAUCACCAUUGCAUUUCUAUGAUGUUAGUUUGGUUGAUGGGUUUAACCUUCCAGUGUCAGUGAAGCCUGUGGAAGGUGGUGGUGGUGGUGGUGCAGGUUGCGGCGUGGCGGCGUGUGAGGCAAACUUGAACGUUUAUUGCCCUUCUUCUUUGGUUGUGGAGAGGAAUGGGAAGGUUGUGGGGUGCAAGAGUGCUUGCUUGGCUGCAAAGUCAGAUAGGUAUUGCUGCACUGGUGAGUUUGCUGGUGGGAGAUACUAUUGCAAGCCAACUGUGUUUGCUCGUCUUUUCAAGACUGUUUGCCCUAAUGCUUAUAGCUAUGCUUAUGAUGAUGAUUCGGCAGUGCUCAAGACUUGUGUGGCACCUCGCUAUGUCAUCACAUUUUGCCCUCCACACUGAUCAUGUGUUUGUGGUGUUUUCACUUUUCAGCGUUUUUAAUUUAGUUGUUCUCUUAUUCAGUCUGAACGAAUUUGUGAUUCUCUUUUGUUUUAGUCUUGCCAAUUUUUUCAAGGGUGGAAAUUUAUGAUCUUAUCAGUGCUCUAUGUCAUUUGGAGUUGUGUGAUGAACUGAUUA